AUGGGCAAGAAGGCGCAAUGGAGCGCAGAGGAAUGGGAGGCCUGGCGGUCCUCAUCGUACUAUGGUGGCUGGCAAAGGCCCAAGGGCAAAGCCAAGGAAGGAAAGGGUGGCCAGGCACCCAAAGGUCGCGAGAUGGCCAAGGACAAGAAAUCGGCCUUCCCUUCGUUCGAGGCUAUGGACCCGGCUGGCAUGACCCAGCGCAAUGCCAGGCCCAAGGAUGCGAUGGAAGUGGACGAGGAACCGCCCGCCAGCGGACAGGUAGCCAGAGGCAUGCAGAAGGUUUUGAACAACCUUCGACGUGCAGAGGUCAAAUCCCGACGACUGGAGGAGGAUCGGACCGAGCUCCAGCAGAAGCGGGAGACCUACCGCCGCGAGCUGCAGCAGGGCUUCAUCCGGGAGAAGCACAAGUUUCAGGAGCGCUUGGCCAAGAUCUCGGCGGAACUCGCGGAGGCGGAACAGAACCAGGAGGACGCGUUGCUCGAGUUGCAGGCGGUCAUGAUCGAACCUCAGGCGGCCCUUCGACCCAAGCCAGAGCAAGCGGAGGAUCCGGAGAUGAUGGCGGAGCUGGAACAGCUGCUGCAGUCGCCGGAGAAGCAGCCGAGGCGCGGUCUGGCGGACCUCCUGGCGGGUGCCCUGCAGAGCAGUUCUGGCAGUCGCGACGACAAGCGCAAGCUCCUGCAGGUCGCGAUCGAGGAGUACCGCAGACAAGGCGCUCCCGCGACGCCGCCCAGGCGUCGGACGAGGGAGCCACCUGGCACGCCACCCGACCUCAAGAUGAGCGAGCCGCCAUCUGGAGCCAGGGCCUCUGGCGAUGGCACCUACAGCGGUGGUGGGGACCUGUCGAGCAAGCCCGAGCCCUAUCAUGCCAUGUGUCGAAGGAGUGCCAAGGAUCAAGUCCCGCCCUGGGACUCGGAUUCCGGUGAAACAGGCGCGGCGCGAGGAGCUGGUGGUGAUGGUGGAGUAGUCGGCAACGAUGACGGCUGUAUGGCGAUGACCUGCAGCCGUUCUUUGGCCACAAGGCUCCAAGUUUUGAUUGGUCCGGCAGGCUAUGGCAUGGCUGACUUUUUCGGUUCGUUCAGCCCCUGCCCAAAGUAUGAGGGUGUGAAACAGCCGGGUGUUCUUGGCUUACGAGACACUGGCGGCUGUCAACACCAGCGACGACCUUUUACAGAGCCCAUACGACCUCUUUCGUGGGCCGCUGAUCUCUUCAAGCCACAGGGUGAUGUUGGCUUUGGUGCAGCCCACUCUCGGGAAGGCUGUGUUGCUCUUUUACCUGUUGCAGGAUGUGAACAUUGCUGCCCUCAUCCUGGUGCUCCUGCUGACCACUGUCUACUGGACGGCCAGGACAGACGCUUCAAGGUCAUUUGGCGGUACGGCCCUGUGGGAGGCCAUGUCCGGCCAAGCAAGGAUGAGGACAUAGUCAGAGAUCUGAGCCCUGGGGCAGCCUACCAUGGAGAGAGCUGCUCUGCUUUGCUAGUAGGUGCAGAUCAUGAAUGUUGCUGCGCCCAUCCUGGUGAUCCUGCUGGCCCCCGGCUACUUGGCGACCAGGACCUACAUGUCCCGGUGAAUUGGCGGCACGGCCCUACGGGAGGCCACGUCCGACCGAACCAAAACGAGGAACUCCACAUGCACGGCAUGAUGUUCAGCGAAUAUGCAGCAGUUCGUUGCAUGGGAUGGCUUAUUGGCCUUGAGAUGGUACAGUUUGUUGCCCUCUUGAGCAUGCUCUAUGUGGUGAUUGGCGGCAAGAGGCAGCAAGCGAGGAGAGCCCGGCAUGCUGAUGUCCUGGGACACCCCAAAAUCCUGCUUGCCUAUGCGGUUCUCUCCGGGAACUAUGUUGCACAGGCAUUCGCUCAUCCGCCUCCCCUACAGCGAUGUGAGUUACCAGCUGCCCAUACUGCCCUCGGAGUGCCGCGGCAGACCGACCUCGAGCUGUGGGCUUCGGGACAGCUCACUGCCAGAGAACACAUGCUGCGGGCCUACGAGGAGGUGAUUUGGAAUGCCCCUUUGGGGCACUCUGAGGGUGAAGUGGCGCCGCCAAACCUGCUUGCUACUACGGUUUCGGAGCAACUGGGACCGGCCCCGCUUUCAGACGAGGACCGACGAGCGGUACACAUUACGAUUUGGGUUGCAUCCCCGUUCUUUGAGACGGUGAUCGUUGACCUUGGCAUCGCCUUCCCGAUCCUGUCGGUUGGAUCGCACUACGGCAGUUGCCUUGCGGUACCGGCAUGGAUCCAGGCUGCGAAUAAGUUUGCGAUGGUGCUGGAUAGCCGGGGUGUGGGAGGCGAACUCUUCGCUUUCUACCAUGAUGGCCCGGUCACGCGGGAGGCCAUCAUGAAGCAGCUGCCGGAGGAUGACAAUGAGAUUGACCUCUAUCUCUUUGGCAGUAUGGUUCCCUUAGCAGCUGACGCCUCUCAGGACCCCAUACAAGGUGGAGUGGUCAAGGCCUACUACACGGGAGAUCAUUGCACAUGGGAAAGCCCGCUCCAGGACCGACUCACUGACCCGACACAGUGGAACCCGCGACUGAAUCCGCCGAGUACCAGCAGUGACCCUUACGUCGUCUACCAGAGCCCGGACGACCAGCUUGUGUACUAUGACCUCCCUGAUGCGGAUGCUCACCGGCAACAAUUGGCUGAGCAGCUUAUGGCCUACCGCCCAGGGCAGUGCUGGACGAAAGAGCCACAGAGGACUGCUGAUGCUCUCACGCAUGCCGGCCGUGCUAUACGGAAACAGAUCGCGGUGAUUCCAGGCCCACAGAGCACGCCCGAGGAUGACCCGGACACCACGGUCCUCUUCGUGGACCUACGAGGCCUGGCAUUGUUCCCCCAGUGGAUGUUGCUCCCGGGCCAGCUCUUCAACUCCACCGACUACUUGGCUGACCUCCCUGUCCCGGUUGUUGACGGCUGGACGGUCGUCGUUGAAGGUGGAGCGCGGACGGAGCAUGCGGAACUACUACGUGUCGCAAAUGGGGAGAUGUUGAACAUCUUCCUGCAAGAGACUGACCAGCUCACGGCGUCUCAAGCAGAUGAACAGAGUGAAGGUCCGGGCUCUGGCCCAGACGAUGACGAAGGGGACAGCUCUGACCCCUUCGAUGCCCUCCCUCACUCUAGUGACCUCUCUACACCAUCUCCUCCGCGAGGCCCGCCGCCGUACGGACCACCAAGGCCUGAGCCGGUGAAUCGCAGUCGCUCCCCGAGACGACGGUGUGCCUCGGACACGGCGGUGACAUCAGCCACCUCGCUGUGUCUACAAGGCCUUUUACCGCCCCCCGUUGUGGAACUCGAUGUCCAUCAAGUACAGCUACCCCAUGGAGCAGCAGACGUCAAUCACAUGUUUCGGCCGUGGGCGCCGGACUGGAUAUAUACGGUGCUCCCGACUACGGUGCCCGCUGAAACGGAAAUGGCACUGUCUCAGCUGAGGCAUUGGAGCGACCUUCUCUGUGGGCCUACCUCUGCCGAGCCGCCUGCGAUCCAUAUCUAUGUCGAUGGGUCCUGGCAUGAGCAGCGGAAGGUAGGUGGAUAUGCUGUUGCGAUCUUCUUGGUGACAGCGGGUUCCGCCGCGCUGUUUGGACUGCUCGGUGAACAACUUCAAGGGAACCCCCAAAGUCCCUGGACAUUCGAUGCCGCACCGGCCCUGAAGGCUGAACAAACGGCGCUGAUGACGGCGAUGCUGUGGUGCUUACAAAGCCGAGCCUUCCUGAUCCCGGCUGCAUAUUGCAUCUUCUACGACUGCAAAGUUGCCGGAUGUGGUGCUACGGGGCUGUGGGAUGCUGGUGCAGGGCUUGGACUACAGAACCGCGCCCUGGCGCAAUUCUUGCGUGAUGCCCUGAGCACCCCAAUCUCCAUUGAGCACGUUCGCGCGCACAACGGCGACCCCUACAAUGGCCUUGUCGAUGCCCUGGCGAAGGCGGUUGCCAAACAGAGCGCUAUGCUCGCAGCCCCGCCGGCCGAGAUUUGCGAGUUGGUGCAGCAUGUGGACUUCUCUUGGCUCCCGUUGGAAGCCCAGGAUACUACGCGCGAGAUCUACCCGCUUGUGACGGGACAAUGCCUUCGCUGGAGUGAGGAGGUGGCUUUCACUGCCCCCCAUAUCUGGCCGGACCAGCUGAUCCCUACCACGGGCGAUGCGAGUGAACUGCAUGCAACUACGCUCGGCAGUUUCUCGACCAAGCUUCUCACCCUCAAUGCGCAGACGCUGACAGGACUCACUGAGAGCAAAGCCUUCAUGCGCAUCUCUAGCGCUUCCGAGUCCCACUGGGGGGUCUCGAUCUGGCUCAACAAGAGCCUUGGCUUUCUGACCCGGGAUGGCUCCAAGGUCCCUGCGCGAGAAGAGGACAUCCGGAUCAUUGUCGAACAACCACGCCUUCUUGUUGCGGUCAUCGACAUUGGUGGCCCAAAGGUUGUGGUCUUUGCUGCCCACUGCCCUGAUGGCUCCAAAGGUGCUGCAGCCGACGAUUUCCUUGAGAACCUUGCGGGAGUCUUGCGGCCCUACAAACGCUCCUGCUUGGUGCUGGGGGGUAUUGACCUGAAUGGCCGUCUCCCUGGCGAAUGUGAGGGCCAUACUGGCGAUCUCGCUUUUGGCCAGGAGGAUGCAAAUGGAGCUGCGAUGCUCCGUCAUGCAUGCGAGUUGGGCCUUUGGUUUCCGUCUACCUACCGGCACCUCCACACGGGGUCAUCGGCCACGUUUCGACAUGUGCAAGGAUCCUUGCACAGAAUCGACUUCACCGUCGUUGGUGGCCUUGCAGAAGUCUGGGCGGCCCACAGCUACGUGGAUGAGCAUUUCGACACUCUCAACCCUAAUGACGAUCACCUGCCUGCGAUCGCUGAGCUACAGGGAUCAUUGGGGGAAAGCUGUGGUCGGCGCCGUGUCUGGCGGCCACGGUUUGACACAGAGAAGAUGCUCACCACUGCUGGUAAGCAGAUUAUUGCUGAAGAACUGGAGCGAUACUCUCCGCCCCGAUGGCACGUCCACCCUGACCAACAUUGUCAGCACCUGCAGGACUUCCUUCUUGGUGUCAUGCAGAAACACUUUCGUCGUGAUGAACAUGGCCCCCGCGCAGCCUAUCUCUCCCCGGAAAUCUGGGCGCUUCGUGGCGCAAAGGUUGCGCAUAAGUUGCGUACGCGCUACCGGGCAGGCCUUUGGAGCGCCAUUCUCUGCCGAGCCUUCCUUCAAUGGAUAUGCGAGGAGAAUUAUUAUGGCGUGCAGGAGCUGACCAAGAAGUACGGCCUCCUCUAUGAGCUCUCUGCUGCGGCGGUCAGCUUUGCCACUGGCCGUAUCAAGCGUGGCAUCCGAGAGGACAAGGCGAAGUUCCUCAGUGUGGUGGCUAAGGAUGGCACUGCCAAAGCGGAAGAGGUGCUCGGGAUUGCCAAGAAGGCUGGAGUAGGUGGACGUCAAGCCCGCCCCUUCCACAGACCACUGCCAGCCCUCCUACGGCCCGAUGGUCAGCUCUGCAGCUCUCGAGCUGACAGAGAUGAGACGUGGCUACAGCAAUUCAGUGCCCAGGAAUGCGGUGUUGUUCAACUGACGGAGGACUAUCUCGCGGGACGAGAUCGCCAAAUCACGAUUGACUGUGAUCUGGGAUGGUCGCUUGGGGAGCUACCGUCCUACUUCGAAGUCGAGCAGGCCUUCCGGUGCGCACCGGCACGAAAAUCCUGUGGGCUUGAUUGUUUGCCAGGCGAAUUACUCCGAGCUGACCCUGCUGGCAUCACCAAAGCGGCUUUCCCGCUGUUUCUGAAAGCGACUGUCUCCUUGCGACAGCCGAUUCAGUGGCGAGGUGGACUCCUGCGGGAGUCCUGGAAAAGAAAGGGCACUGUCCGCGAGCCGGCGAACUACAGAUCUUUAUUUGUAUCGUCCAUGCUCGGCAAGGUGUUCCACAAGGUGCUACGCUCUCGGGCUACCCAACAUGCGGCCGAUAUGUUGCUUAGCUUUCAGAUGGGAGCACGGAAGCAGGCACCAGUCACCCUCCCGGCGCUCUUCGUCCAGUCCAUUCUUCGACGGGGUCACCAAGACAACAUCUCGACUGGCGUGUUGUUCCUGGAUGUCCAAUCGGCAUACUAUACCGUCAUUCGCGAAAUGUCGGUUGGCUUGAUCGAGGACGACGAGACGGUCGCUAAGGUCUUCAAGUACUUCGGUCUCUCGCCAGAUGACCUCGGAGAGUUUUGGGAUGACAUCCACCGUGGUGGGAUUAUGGGGCAGUCCACAUUGCCGAGCUCCCUCCGACACCUCGCCAAAGACUUGAUGCACAAGUCAUGGUUCAUCACAGGCUACGGAACCUCCGAGCGCCUGUGUGUGACACAAGCGGGCUCUCGUCCAGGCGAGGCCUGGGCUGACCUUGUCUUUGCUUUCGUCCUGGGCAAGAUUCUGUGCCGCAUCCGAGAAGCAGCUGCUGGCGAGGGUUUGCUACAAGUCCUACAAGCGGAUGUUGAGAGCGGGCCUUUUGCUAUGCCAGGUGAUGGGACAGACGUGCAAGCCCUCGAAUGUGCGUGGGCUGACGAUGCAGCUUUCCCUACGGCUGCAAGGGACCCAGAGGCUUUGCUCCGCAGGAUGAAGCGACUGUGCUCGGUGGUGCUGUACGAAUGCGCUCGACACGGAUUACAGCCGAAUCUGCGCCCGGGUAAGACGGCAGCUCUGCUAGCCAUCCGUGGGCCGGGAAAGGCCCGACAGCGAUGGUUCCCUCAUGGAUGCAGUGCCCUGCGACUUGAGGACCUUGGGCUGGAGGUACCCAUUGUUGGCUCCUAUGUGCAUCUGGGAGGAUUGGUGGAUGCAGCCAUGUCUGGAAAAGGCGAAGUCCGUCGCAGACUUGCCAUUGCACAGACGGCCUUUGACGAGGGUAAACGACUGCUCUACACCAACGUCACCAUCCCCCUCCAGGUGCGAUCCAACAUUUUCCAGCUUUCCGUUGGGGCCACCUUCUUCAAUUUGGGCCUAUGGGUGCCACAUGGGCCGCAAUGGCAAAAGAUGGUGGGCGGCUUCACACGAAUCCUCCGUGGCCUCCUUACAAAGCAUUUCAAGGGCGACCUCCUCUACUACGUGGCGGCCCCGGCAGUGCACAUCCUGACAGGUUGUAUGCCCCUGGACAUGUUUGCCCGCCGAUCAAGACUCAGUCUCCUGGCGUCGCUGUGCAAGGCGGCCCCUAUGGAGCUGUGGGCGGCCCUACAGACGGAGCAAGCCUGGCUUGAGGCGGUCCGGGGAGACCUGCGAUGGCUGUGCGAAGGUGACCUACAAGGCCCGACGGCUGACGUGGCCGGUUGGCCAGAGCUCUACGCGCUCUUCGCGAAGCGCACGAGCUGGGUCAAAAACAGGGUGCGCCGACUACUUGCGCGGGACUUUGAGACCUUCAAGGACGAGCAGUUUGUCAACUUGCAGUUGUGGGCGCUUCACCGCCGUCUGCUUCGCCGCCGGCCAGGGCCGACAGAGCCUUGUGACUGGCGUUGCCGGCCGUGUGGUCGAACGGUCCGUACGCGGGCGGCGCUUGGGGCACACUUCUUCAAGACGCAUGGCCGACAGGCCAAACACCGCCCUUAUGUCGAGGGCAGUCGUGCAUGGCGUAAGAUCGAGGAGGAGACAUGCCACUUGGCCGUGCCGGCGCCUGCACUUGACCCUCUACCUCCUGGUCGCCCGGCACGCUGGGACGCGACCCUCAAGGAUGCGCAUCGGGCCCUCUGCGACGCGCUUUUGGUGAGCACGCUCCCUGGCGACCGCUCGGCGAUCACCGAUGUUGUUACGCGCACCCUUGGCUACCACCCGCUCUUCCCGGACGAGGAGGUUGAGAUCGCGGCCUACACGAGCGAAGAGCUUCGAGGUCUGACUCCGAGCGACCUCGAGGACUACUGGCCGGCUGAGGUGCAUGCUGUUCUGAUCGAUGCAUUGGCCACGUACAGACCAGGCGAUGCUACAGAUGGCGAAGUCCAUUUUCGUGAACAGCACUCUGAUUCCCUGCAGGCUUUCUGUUCCAGGCUGAGUGACUUCAACUGGAACGAAGCCCUGGGUGUUGCCGAAGGCCCUCACGAGACCCCAGAAGGUGCUUUGUACAAACUGUGCAGCCGGGACGUUGCUUUAAACUGCAACAGUGAAGCACUAACUGUAGCAACCGUGAGUGAGUCCUUUUGGCCUCUGAUUCCAACGGUGCUUAGAGAAGCAUGGGAUGCUGCGAUCGAUGGCAAAGCCGUGAGGAUCCAUGCCCCGAAAUGCUUCUGGGAACACCGCCUGUCCCUCCCCUUUAGGGCCAUGAGGGACGAGACUGCACUAUAA